AUGGGGCAUUUAUCCUCUAUGUUCAAUGGUUUGGCUAAGUCGUUUUCGUUAAGGAAAGGAGGGAAUUCUGUGAGAUGUGAAAGGAGAGAAGCUGUUGAAGAAAUGGCGAAAGAAGCUAAGAAAAAUGAUUUGAUUUUGUGUAGCUCUGGUGUUGUUAAUGUUGAUGGUUCUAACAACUUUGCGUCUGUUUUCUCUAAAAGAGGUCAGAAAGGAACCAACCAAGAUUGUUGCAUAGUUUGGGAGGAAUUUGGAUGCCAAGAUGACAUGAUAUUCUGUGGAAUGUUCGAUGGACAUGGACCAUGGGGUCAUUUUGUAGCGAAAAGAGUAAGAGAGGCAAUGCCAAGAUCUUUGCUAUGCAAUUGGCAAGAGACACUUGCUGCACAAUCUUCAUCAUCACUUGAUAAUGAUAAUGUAAAGGAAAUUGCAGACAACAAGCAACAAAGAUUCAAUAUAUGGAAACACUCUUACUUGAAAACUUGUGCUUCCAUCGAUCAAGAACUCGAACAUUCUCGAAAGUUUGAUUCGUUUCACAGCGGAACAACUGCCCUCUCAAUUGUUAGACAGGGCGAAACGAUUAUCAUAGCAAAUGUUGGCGAUUCUCGUGCGGUAUUAGCUACAACAUCAGAUGAUGGAAGUUUGGUAGCCGUUCAACUAACAGUUGAUUUCAAGCCGAAUUUACCUCAAGAAGCAGAGAGAAUAACUCAGUGUCAAGGACGCGUGUUCUGUUUAGACGAUGAACCGGGCGUGCAUAGGGUAUGGUUACCCGAUGUAGAAUCUCCGGGACUUGCCAUGUCAAGAGCUUUUGGUGAUUAUUGUCUUAAAGAAUAUGGUCUGAUUUCAGUGCCUGAAGUGACUCAAAGGAGUAUAAGCAGUAAAGAUCAGUUUGUUGUGCUUGCAUCGGACGGGGUUUGGGAUGUGAUCUCGAAUCAAGAAGCGGUAGAUAUUGUAUCUUCAACAGAAGACAAAACAAAAUCGGCUAAAUGUUUGGUGCAAUGUGCAGUUCAUGCAUGGAAACGGAAGAGAAGGGGUAUUGCCAUUGAUGAUAUUUCAGCUAUUUGUCUCUUUUUUCAUUCUUCUCAUUCUUCUGAGCAAGUUAGCACAAUUGAAACUUUUAAAUAG